CAUUCUUCUGUGUAUAUUUCACCAUUUUAGAAAAGGAAAAAUAUCAGUGCCCAGAACUGAACACACAACUCUAGCUAAUCCAUCAUACUAGAAGACAAUCGCCUCUCUCAUUUGGAAUACUUUGCCUCUGUUUAUUGUUGAACCGAGGUGUUCAUUUGUACCUGCUAAAUUUUCUUUUAUUCUAUGUGGCCAUUCUUUUCACUUGUCCUUCCAACCAGCCAAGCGCUCCCCAGAGCCAGAUCAUCUUCCAGGAGAACUGGUAAACAAAGUUUCUGAGCUAGCCAGGCUGAGGUCCAAAUUGCAGCAGGCAGCUGCAGCAGCUCUUCUGAAAGCCCACCUUAAAGCAGCUUCCUUAACAUGCGUGCUUUCUGCCCUGCUUUCCCUGAGAUCAUCUGUUUAUAGCCUCAGCCGAAAAUCUUCCUUAUGAGAAACCUUAGUGAAUGUCUUAUCAAGGAAGACAAUGCCUCACAUUAAAUCAUGUUGAUAAGUUGAUGGGAGAGAACGUUCUCACCCAAGAAGAUUGUUAUUUCCUGAAGGGAUAAAACCCCACCAGGGAAAACACCUGUGGUACUUAUAGGUAGGGCUGGUCUACCAAAGCUGAUAACAUAGUUCUGACCAGAGGAGGAAGGCAGAGUGCAUUUAUUCAUUCCUGAAAGCUUUGUGGGUAGGUGUGCAUGUUUCACAUCUUAAAGAGUCACAGUCCCUGAGCUGGACAGAGGUGCCAACCCUGAAGAAUCUCUCCAGAAUCCAAGUUGCUGAAUCUUCCCUGCUGCCUACAGAGGCUCCAAACCACCACUUGACAAUGGGAAACUGGGUGGUUAACCAUUGGUUCUCAGUUUUGUUUCUGGCUGCUUGGUUGGGGCUGAAUGUUUUCCUGUUUGUGCAUGCCUUCCUGUCAUUUGAGAAGGACAAGUACUACUACACAAGACAAAUCCUGGGGUCGGCAUUGGCCUGGACCCGAGCCUCUGCUUGCAGCUUGCAUUUUAACAGCAUGCUGAUCCUGCUCCCCGUGUGUCGAAAUGUGCUGUCCUUCCUGAGAGGCACCUGCUCACUGAGUCCCAGCCAAUUGCGCACCCUGGGAAAGCAACUGGAUCACAACCUCACCUUCCACAAGCUGGUGGCAUAUAUAAUCUACCUACACACAGCUAUUCACAUCACCACACACCUGUUUAACUCUGAACAAUAUAGCAGAAGCCGACAGGCCACAGAUGGAUCCCUUGCUUCCAUUCUCUCCAACCUAUCUCAUCAGGAGAAAGAUUCUUGGCUAAAUCCCAUCCAGUCCUCAAACACAACAAUGGAGUAUGUGACAUUCAGCCACAUUGCUGGUGUCACUGGAGUGAUCAUCACAAUAGCUCUGGUUCUCAUAGUGACUUUAGCUAUGGAAUUUAUCUGGAGGAGUUAUUCUGAGGUCUUCUGGUAUAUACACCAUAUUUUUAUCAUGUACUUCAUUGGCUUAGGGAUUCAUGGCCUUGGUGGACUUGUCCGGAAUCAAACAGAAAAGAACAUGGAUGAGAAUCAUCCUCACAAGUGUGCAGAGUUUUUUGAGAAGUGGAACGAUCCUGACUCCCACUGCAAGCCUCCCCAAUUUGAAGGGAUCCCCGCUGAGUCUUGGAAGUGGAUCCUUACACCAGUCAUUAUUUACAUCUUUGAAAGAAUCCUCCGAUUUUAUCACUCCCAGCAGAAGGUUGUGAUUACCAAGGUGGUCACGUACCCAUCCAAAGUUUUGGAAUUGCAGAUGCACAAGCAUGGCUUCAGCAUGGAAGUGGGACAGUAUAUUUUUGUUAAUUGCCCCUCAAUCUCUUACCUGGAGUGGCAUCCCUUUACCCUGACCUCUGCUGCAGAGGAAGGCUUCUUUUCCUUUCAUAUCUGAGCAGUGGGGGACUGGACAGAAAAUCUCAUAAGGGCUUUUGAACAACAGAAUUCACCAGUUCCCAGGAUCCAGGUGGAUGGUCCCUUUGGCACUGUCAGUGAGGAUGUCUUCCAGUAUGAAGUGGCUGUGUUGGUCAGGGCAGGAAUUGGGGUCACCCCCUUUGCUUCCAUCUUGAAAUCCAUCUGGUACAAAUUCCGGAAUGCAGAUCACAACCUCAAAACACAAACGAUCUAUUUCUACUGGAUCUACAGGGAGACAGGUGCAUUUGCUUGGUUCAAUGACCUAUUGGUUUCCCUGGAACAGGAGAUGGAGGAAUUAGGCAAAGUGGGUUUCCUAAACUACCGUCUCUUCCUCACCGGAUGGGACUGCAACUUUGCUGGUCACGCGGCAUUAAGCUUUGACAAGGCCACUGAUAUCCUGACAGGUCUGAAACAGAAAACCUCCUUUGGGAGAACUGCGUGGGACAAUGAGUUUUCUACAAUAGCUACCACCCACCCCAAGCUGGCGGUGGGAGUCUUCCUAUGUGGUCCUCCGACUUUGGCAAAGAGCCUACACAAAUGCUGUCACCGGUAUUCCAGCCUGGAUCCUAAGAAGGUUCAAUUCUACUUCAAUGAAAAUUUCUGAAUUAUAAGAAUAAGGAUGGUAAUCUGCAUUUAGCCUCUGUAUCUUCAACAAUUUACUUGGUCUGGUCAGGUUUGGGCAACCACUUAAGGACAAUAACAUGUUUCUUUCAAGCCUUGACUCCCUGGUAUUCUUUUUUGAUUGGACUCAACUUCAUCAUCACUGAGCUUCGUGGACCUAAGAACUUCAGAAGUCACAAUAAUUGCAAAGCCCAUGGGUCCUUUCUUGGGAAAACAACUGUAAAUCCUUCUGGAAUGCCAUGAUUGAAGCAAGCCUUGAUAGGAGACGUGGCUGACAGUUACACAAUUUAACCCCAGGUGAUUUUGUUGAUUCCAAGUGUUACUGUCUCCUGGACCCUGGGUCACAUUCUCCUCUCCCUCCCACCCACAAAGAAGAUUUCUAAGUAGGGUGAUCUUUUAAAAUAAAAAUUUAUUAAAGAAUGACAAAACAUAAUAAUAAGCAUAAAUAGUAAAACAACGAACAUAGAAUUACCAAGAACCCAAUCCCUAUA